AAAAGGGAGGGCAUUCUUGUAAAGUAAGAAGACCGGGGAGAGCCGCCAGCGUAGUCAGAGACACAAUUCUUCUAUUUUCCAGGUGUACGGCCAGAUUUCUUUCUUUGAAGAAUCUGACGAAGCGAACCGCUAUACCCUGCGUCGCAUCGCACCCAAUCAACGUCUCCCUUCUUUCUCGCUUUGAAAAAAAUUUUGAAAAUAAAAAAAAUAAAAAGCAAAAAUCCGGAAGAUCUAUCGUCUUUGAUUGAUCUGAGCGAUUGGGCUAUCUGGUUUUUCCCCCCUUAAUCAGUGUCUAAUAUUUGAAUAAAUAGUUUAGCAAUUCAAGGUAAACCCCAUUCCGAAACCCUAAUUCAAUCUUUUCUUUGUAAAGAAAGUGGAAGAAAAAAAAAAUAUCAGAUCUUGCUUUUUCUUUUUCCCUGCAACUUUCCCAGCGUCCGAACGGUGCGUGGGUGGGGGAAUAAUCAUUUUUUUAGGAGCUGGUUUUAUGAGUUUGCUUGUUGGACCUCUUUGAAGUUUCUUCGUCAUUUACAUUAUGGAAGAUCAAAAUUUUAUUGGUCUUCCUGCAUGUACUGAUUCUGGUGGUGAAAAUGAGGGUCAAUACGAUGGCAGUAGCAGUCAUGAGCUUGGCGAAUUAGAUUCUCAACUGACUACUUCCCAGGAUAAGAUGGGACAUGAGAGUGAUGCUCAAUAUGAGGAUGGUCAAUUUAUGCCUGAAGCAAACCUUCAAAAGGAUUUGGUUAACAAUGAUUCAGAUAUGGAAAUUGAGGACAUAAGCUCCAUACCUGCCUUGAGCAACUCUAGCUAUGGAAUUCAAGAGAAUGGCAUUCAUAACUCUAAUCAUGGUACCAUCCAAAAUGAUCGUCAGCGUAGUACUCCUGCAGAUAUAAGAGGUAAAUUAAUAAGUGAGAACCUUGGACAUGAUAAAGGUGAUGUUCAAGGUGCAGAUAGUCACUGCAUAUCAAAAGCAUUCCCUGACAAGGAUUUGGUUGAGAAUUCCUCCCAUGUGGAAGUGAGCGUCAAAAUGAAUGAAACUCUUAGAAUUGCUGAGUUAAAUGCUAGAAUGCACCCUGAGAAGGGUUUCCUCGUUGUCCAAGAUGAAAGCCAUCCCAUUGGAACCCGCAAGACAGGUGGCAAUUCUAUAUCGGGUGUUAAAAGAAGUAGGGUAACAUUUGAAGAACAACAACCUUCAGUUCAUGUGACCUAUAAUUCCAUAACAAGAGCUAGCAAACUUAAGCUUGAAGAGUUAUUACAGCAAUGGUCAGAGUGGCAUGCUAAACAUGAUUCUUCAUCCCAAGAUCCUGCUGAAGUGUUAGAAUCAGGUGAAGAGACAUUCUUUCCUGCUCUGCAUAUUGGCUUGGAAAAUACAUCUGCGGUGUUCUUCUGGAUGGACAACCAAAAAACAAAACAGGAGAAUGGGGAAUUCAUUCCAUUGGAUGAUAACUCUGUUCCCCUAUAUGAUCGUGGAUUUGCAUUAGGUUUGACAUCAGAGGGUGCUUCAAGUAAUCUAGAGGGAGGCUUGGAGAUAAUAGGUGAAGCUGCUCGUUGUUUCAAUUGUGGUUCAUAUAGUCAUUCUUUGAAAACCUGUCCAAAGCCUCGUAACAAUACUGCUGUCAAUAAUGCUCGCAAAAAUCAUAAGUCAAAGCGAAACCAGAAUUCUGGUUCACGUAAUCCUACUCGAUAUUAUCAGAAUUCACCAGCUGGAAAAUUUGAUGGUUUGAGGCCAGGAGCUCUUGAUACUGAAACACGGAAGCUUUUGGGUAUUGGGGAGCUUGAUCCACCUCCUUGGCUUAACAGAAUGCGAGAAAUUGGAUAUCCUCCAGGAUAUCUAGAUCCAGAUGAUGAGGAUCAGCCAUCAGGUAUUAUAAUAUUUGCUGAUGGAGAAAUUAAAGAAGAGCAGGAGGAUGGGGAAAUUAUUGAACAAGAGUAUUCCAAACCACAAAUGAAAAUGACUGUAGAAUUUCCGGGAGUAAAUGCACCAAUCCCAGAAAAUGCUGAUGAGGAUCGCUGGGCAGCUGUACUGAGAAGCCAAUCACACCGUAGAUUGAAUCAUUCUUCAGAAUCUGUAAGCAGAGGGCAUCAUCGUGAACAAAGAUUGUAUAGGGAUUCUAGAGAUGAUGGCCCUCCUGGUGUUGAAUCAGGUUUUAGCCCACCCAUGUCAAGUUACCCAAGAUACAGUAGUUAUGAUCACAGUUACAGCUCUCCCAGUUCCAGAGGUAAUACUCUGAGACCAAGAAGCCCUAUGUCAGGAAGGUCUCAAUCGGAGCGAGGAAGAAGAAGCUCUUUGGUUGAUGAAGGUUACUCAAACCAUGUCCAUUAUGGUUCUUUACCAAAUACACGUUUGUCUGACUAUGGCUCCAGUAGAUAUGAAAACUGGAAUGAUGGAAGUAUAAAUGACUAUGAUCUUGAUUACUCAACUCAUAGUAUGCGGGAUAGGCAUCGCCAUUACAGUAGAAGGUAAGCGAACUCAACAUGAUUGUAACUGCAAAUUGUAAAGAUGCUAUCCUGACAAGACUUGUAGACUAGUUUAUUCAUCUGUAACAAUUAGAAGAGGCCUGUACAAAAAACAAAUAAAAUUAGAUGGACUUUGAUGGUUUUAUUUAUGUAAUGUAUACUGUAGUAUUGAUUCUUCAAUUUCUUUUAUACAUACAGAUGACCGGUUACUUUGUCCUUUUUAA